AUUCCACUUUUAUUUCUGCUUAACGAUUCAAUUCUUAAUUUUCUUUUGGAAAAAAUUAAAAGGAAGAUUAGCAACCCCUUUGUUUUGAAGAUGAAAUGCUCAAAACAAGUGACUGUUAGAUACAUGUAUUGGAACUUGAUGCACUCUGGCCAAACUUCGAGAGUUUGCCUGCAGGACUUUAAUUCAUGAAUUAGUGUUCUCUAUAAACUCUUAAUGUAUAAAAUAUACUUAUAAAGAUUUUGAUGUUUUAUUCCAUUUAGUGUUAAAGCAUUUAUAAAAGCAGUAGCAUUAACAAAUGGUGUGCGUGUCUUUAUAACUCUGUGUUUUGCAGACAUGGACAGCGAAACAGAACACAUGAUUUUGCGGGUCGUUGAGCCAGACAGUGCGGAAAUUUAAACUUGCCUCUCGCCCCUCCUCUGUGCAAUCACUAAUUCGUAGAUUAAAGGAUGGAUUAAGUAUUGACUCGGACUUUACACUGAUGUAUGAAGACCCUGAUUUUGAUGGCAAGCUCACAUCUCUGGUUGACAUAAAUGAGCUACCUCAAAAAGCUGUUGUUCAUAUCAAGCUUACAGAUGAUUCAAGUGCAGCAUCAACUGAAAUUCUGUCAGAUGUAUCUUCCCCUGAACGCUUGUGUAGAUGGCCAUCUCACUUUCCUGUCCCGUCGUUUGGUUUGGAUGUAGAGCUGAUUUUAAGAGAUGGUCAGAAAGAAUAUGAAAGAAAUGGAACUCCACUAAAACUUACCAGGGAUCAGAGGCAUGAUAUUCUAGAAAAGAUGGCCUCGGCAAUAUAUGGAUUUAAGGCUUACCAAAUCAAAAAAGAGAUUGAAAAGUCAGCUGCAGCACUUGUGGAAAAGCACCCAUGUUUGAAAGAAAAAGGAUCUGGAACUGGAUAUGAUGGCUGGGCAAAUAGCUUAAAAUACAAAAUGGCGAAUAUGCAAACUAAAAUGAGAAAAGCUGGAAGUCAGGAAGUAAUGGUAAAUGCUGGCAAGAGAAGUCGAAGUAACCCUGAUGGGGAGUGCUCACAUUCCAACAUUAAAAAGCCAAAGCGAGCAGAAAUAAACUUUCUGCCCAACUUCCCACGAGGAGAGGAUGCAUCCAGUCUUGAAGAACAGAGAGAAAAAAUAGUGGAGGAGAUGAAAAAAGUAGAAAAGAACAUGACCACGGUUGGUAAAUUAAUGCAAACAACCUUUGCCCUCCGAAGACAAAACAUUGUGGUUUCUGCAGCACCAGUGAAGAACCUGCUGGAGCUUUGGCCUGCGCUUCAGUUGCCAUCUGAGGUGUAUGCAGAAUUUCAGCGCAUAACUAACAAAAAUCUGCAGAAUUGUUUCUACGCCGAGCUUGAUGUGCACACCACCCGUCUGAUGACUCUGUUCAGACAAAAGGCAUCCAAAAAAGGCAAGGCUGCUGAUUCCUUGGCGGCCAUUUUCAAAGUCCAUGAUGAGCAGAUCCAGCAUGAUGUCCACACCCGACGCACGACUGUCCUCCAUGCGCUACCUGCUUACCUGCGUGAAGAAACAUCAGGGUUUUUCAUCUCUUGUGAUGAGGAUGUGGAGGAACCUGAUCUGUCCACGACACCUUCUGCUCUCUUGUCCAAAGUCUGCGGUGGAGAUGGCUAUCCAGUGAGCUACGGGAACGAGGUCUCCGUAGUCUUGGAGGGUCAAGAGAUCAUAACAUUAGAAAACCUUCCAGAAGCCUUCCUGGUAAUGUUUGGGCUAAUGUACACGUUACAUAUUAGCUAUCCCAAACAUCUGAAACUUACUUUUGAGUUUGUGCAGAAAAUAAUUCUGGGGCUUGAUGAUGGCAAGCACCAGACUGCAGACUUUGAAAAAUGA